CUUUUUUAAACCCCCAUUCAUCUGACUAGUUUGUUCUGUCGGUCAGUCCCAAAAAAAUGAAAAUAAAUUGCGUUAUGCAAGAAUAAAAUGUUAAUUAUUAAAACUUUAAUUCUUAAUAAAAAUCGAAAAACAAAAUUUAUUGAAUUUAAAAAGUAAUUGAAUGAAACAUUAUUAUUGUUAAAAUGUAUCGAAUGUUAUCAAUAAAAAGUUCAACAUUACAAAAUGUUCGGCUAAUUGUUGGACAAUGUGCUCCCAAAUUCGAUUUAAUUGCUGCGCAACGAACUCUCCAACCUAAUUUUCUACCUAUUUCAUCAGAUAAUACAAUCCUACAGCCAUCUGAUAAGUUGAGGGUAUCACUUCAACCUGUGGGGGAUCGUCAUCAAUCAACACACAGUUCUGCCAGUACCCAAACUUCUGAAGUGAAGAAGAAACGUAAAGGCAAACCAAAAUUCACAAAAUAUGUUGAAUUUCUUGAAGUGACCAAUUCUGUGCCUAAAGAACGCAAGGCCAAACUUAAACGUUUGAAAGCUGAGAAGCUUCAAGAUUUCAUCUUCAAAACACAGCAAAAGAUUCUGGAAAAGCGCGCCAAAUCUGAAAAGAGUUCCUCCUCGAGUAAAAAAAGUAUUAAUUCAGCUGGCAGUUCGGCGGCUGCUUUCAGCACAAGUUCAUCGUCAAUACCAACCAAAGGCUCAAAAAUACAACAACCAUUGGAAUAUCAAAAAUUCGAUUUGGAAGUUUUAAAUAACUCAAUCAAUGAACCCGGAGUUUUUGAUGAGAAACCAUUAAUCUUUCUCGGCAAACAUGCAAAGAAAGAUCCGGAAGAUAUUAAAAAUAUCACAACGAGCUUCAAUAACUUUCGAGAAAUUGUUGAAGCAAUGAAUAGCGAACGACAUGAAGAGAUGAUGGCUUACAACUUCCAUGAUGAAAAACUUGAAGAAGCUAUCCCAGAUAUUGUUGAUAUUGCCGAACCAAUAGAACCUUACGUUAAUCCUCAACUCGAAAGCCGAAGCACAAAAAAGAAAGUAUUGGAUAGCAAAGCAAAACAAUCACGCUACAAAUCAAAAUAUCACAUUAAUGAAGAUCAGGAACGCAUAGCCAGAGAGCAGGCAUUAAUAAUAAAUUUGAAUUCAUAUUUGAAAGCUUGUGUCUCAUCGGGAAUGGUUAAUCGUGGUCUAACUACGAUUUUGUCAUAUCGUCAGCGAGCUAAAAAACGUAAACAAGCACCAUUUUUCACAAUUGAUCUUUACAAUAUUCUUUUGCAUGGAUAUGCAGAGAAGGGAAGCUUCGAAAGAUUUAAAGAAAUAUUUGCUGUGUUGGAAGAGGAUGGGGUAGUAUUUAACGAACAAACAUUUGCGGCGAUUUUCGAAUGCCUGGGAAGAACAGAAUCAUCGGAACAGAAUAUACAUCUCAUACGAAAAUAUAUCAAGAAAGCAGAGGAAAUGGGAAUGUCUCUUGAUUUUGUUAUGGAUAAAAGCAAAUUUGAAUUUGAUCAAAAAGACAUUGCAUUAGAUGCGAUACGGCGAAUUCAUCCCGACUUUGUGCCUCAAUAUAAACCACCAAAUUACGAUUACAAUAAUGUUCUCUUGAACGAAUUGAAUAACCAUGAUGUCGAAGAAUCAAAGAAUACUGCAACAAGAAGUCUUAUAAUGCAAUCAAAAGAAGGCUUCACAAAAGAACAACUUCAACAAAUGGCUAGAGAUCAGUUAAAAAUUGAACUAGAUGGUUCGAUAACAAUAAAGAGUAUUGAAAAUACUAAAGAGUUUGCCAAUGCUGAUUUUUGUCGUGAGAAAAUGGAAGAACUAUACACAAUCUGGAAAACCCAAAUAAACACAGCCGUGAAUCGAGAUUUAAAUACCCUUCGGGCACAGAUUCGUUAUAAUUCUCAAGGCAAUAUGACUUAUUACACGUAUUUGAAGAUUCUUGACAGUAGCCAGUAUGUGGAUAUUCUUUUGAAAGAAAUUCGAAUGCUAGCUGAAGGCUCCGAAACCUACAGUCCAACUGUUGGACAAUUGUAUAAGAAUCUUGGAAUGAAAGUUCAACAAAGAUAUCAAAUCGAACAGAAAAAACGAAAUGGAAUUUUAGAAAAAGUUGGCGAAAUCUACGGUACCUACUGUGACAAAUGGGAAGAAGGUACAACCAAUGAUAAUCCGAGACAAAUUUGGCAACGUUUAGUUCAUGAGAAACGUCCGAGUGGACCAAGCAUGGAUAUAAUCGAAGCACAAUGGCCAAAAAAUGUUCUAGCUGGUGUUGGACGUUUUCUUUACAACAUUCUGAUGCGAGAUAUAAAAAUCGAUUCGUACAUAUUGAGAGCGAAAAACAAAAAUAAGCAAUCAAAUUUGAUGCCAGCAUUUUAUACAUUGUUUAGAAAUCAAGGGAGACUUAUGAAGGAGGAAGUCAAACCACAUCCAGUUUUGGCAAGAUUACUACGUGCAUCGCGGCAGCAAACUUUGACAUUUGACUCAAAUCUCGUGCCAAUGUUAUGCCCUCCGCAGCCUUGGAGUACGCCAUAUAACGGUGGAUACCUGUUAAAUAAGUCUGAACUCAUCCGCCUUCCUCACCAGGCAGUACAACAGUGGCAGCGAAUCAAAGAUGCUAAUCCACGAGAUCUCUAUCCAGCGUUGGACUCUCUUAAUCAGUUAGCGAGUAUUCCAUGGAGAGUGAACACAGACAUCCUCGAUGUUAUAAUUGAAGUUUUUCAAAAUGGUGGCAACAAUAAACUUGAUGUCCCACAACCACCAAAUUCCCUGCCAUCCUUACCCAAAGUACCAGAUCGUGAUUCUGGCAUAUCGAAUGUCGAAAGAGCGAAGUUAUUUAAAGAGAAAAUGUUACAUCGACGAAAACAAAGCGAAAUGUAUAGUUUAUGGUGUGACACACUCUACCGGUUAUCUCUAGCCAAUCACUACCGUGACAAAGUUUUCUGGCUACCUCAUAACAUGGAUUUCCGUGGUCGUGUGUAUCCGCUCCCACCACAUUUGAAUCAUCUGGGUUCUGAUUUAGCUCGAUCGAUGUUAAUUUUCGACCAAGCUCAACCAAUGGGCGAAGAUGGUUUUAGUUGGCUUAAGUUGCAUUGUAUUAAUUUGACUGGAAUGAAAAAACGAGACUCGGUUCGCGAAAGACUUCUAUUUGCCGAAGAAGUCAUGGAUGAUAUUCUUGAUUCUGCAGAUAAUCCACUCACUGGUCGAAUGUGGUGGGCGAAAUCCGAUGAACCAUGGCAAACAUUGUCCUGUUGUCAGGAGAUUGCCAAAGUCUAUCGUUGCCCAGAUCCUGCCAAAUACAUGAGUCGUUUCCCAAUCCAUCAAGAUGGCUCGUGUAACGGUUUACAACAUUAUGCUGCCCUUGGUCGUGAUGAAGCUGGUGCGAUAAGUGUUAAUCUAGCACCAUCACCAAUUCCUCAAGAUGUAUACAGUGCAAUUGCGACUCUGGUGGAGAAAAUGCGAAAAACCGACUCUGACAAUGGACUUCAUGUUGCCCAGGUGCUUGAUGGUUUUGUCCGCCGAAAGGUGAUAAAACAAACUGUAAUGACUACAGUCUACGGUGUUACACGCUACGGAGCUCGUCUUCAAAUUGCUCGCCAGCUUAAGGACAUUGACAAUUUCCCCAAAGAAUGGGUGUGGCCAGCAUCUACAUAUCUAACGACAAAGACAUUCGAAAGUCUCCGAGAAAUGUUUACAUCGACAAAAGAAAUCCAGGACUGGUUUACAGAGUGUUCGCGACUGAUAUCAGGCGUUUGUAAUCAAAAUGUCGAAUGGGUGACUCCAUUGGGUCUACCAGUGGUACAGCAUUAUAACCGUAUAGAUCAUAAGAACGUUCCGAAAAGCAACAAAGUUUCUUCGAAUAUGUCCAUGGACAUGUACGAGAAACCAAACAUCAUGAAACAAAAAAAUGCCUUCCCUCCAAAUUUUAUCCACUCCCUCGAUUCAAGCCAUAUGAUGCUAACUUCAUUACACUGUGAACGGAAAGGAUUGACAUUCAUAUCGGUGCAUGAUUGUUUUUGGACACAUGCAUGCACAGUGCCCGAUAUGAAUAAGAUAUGCCGUGAACAAUUUGUGGCCUUGCAUUCACAGCCAAUUCUAGAAGAUUUAUCGAAAUUACUGUUGGAAAAAUUUAGCUUUAGUGAAAAAGAAAUCAGCAACAAUGGUUCCUCAGAAGACAUGGCAAAGUUAAACUUAAAUAGGGUUUUGAAACAACUACCCGCAAAAGGAGACUUUGAUUUAAGUAAUGUUUUGAAAUCAGUCUACUUUUUCAGUUAGACAAAAUGAGCAGAAACAUCUUGCAACAUUUGCAAUGCAAAUUUCCUUCCAAAGUGAUAUCGAUUUCUAGAGUUGUGUUUUUUUUUUUUGUUGCUUUCCAUUUAAUCAUUUUUAUUAAUUCUUUUGUAAAUUGUAUCCAUUUUCAUAUAACAGAGAACAUUAUAAUAGUAGCUGUAGGAUUAUUUAUUUAUUAAGAAAUGAUGUAUUUUGUUGAACUUUUUAAACAAGUUAUAUAGGUUAUCAUUCGAAAUAAACAAAUCGCCAGAACAUUGAA